AGGACCACGAGUCUUUUCCGACAAUCUGCACAUGGGUCAGAGUCGCCAUAACUUCUUAUUUUUUUUGAUUUUUCGCCCGGUAUUCGGGGUUUCGCUUCAAUUAAUUCGAAUUCGACCUAGGUUGCGCACCUGGAAAUGGUGGGUGAGUCUCCCAACGAAGGCUGCUGCAUACGCAAGGUUUAAGCUGGAACAAAUCACUUACCACUUGAUCCAACCCUUCGUUGGUACAUAACUUCCUACUUUUCCCGUUCUAAAUUGGAUCUUGUGAUUUUUUAUACUAUAUUAUUUAUUUCUAGAAACAAAAUACUGCAAUAUACAUGUUCAAAAAAAAUACUGCAAUAUACGACUAGAACUAGUACCAUAAUUAAUUAAUUAAUUGAGUUUUGAACUUUUGAUUGCUUUCGCCUUUCAAAGUGUCGAAAAACGACAAAGGGACAGCAUUGGAUACGUUGCCACACAUGCAAAGCAACGCGGCGAGGAAUGUAGCUUUCGGUGGCUCUGCCGCAUCACUCAGCAGUCAGCACAACAUGUUGGACGCACCUCCAAUGUUGCUUGAAUAUGCCCAAACGCCACAUGAAUCUUGUACAUAUACAUUGCAUACGUGACGCCUCCUAAUUUACAUCUUUCCUGCAUUACCAACAAGAACAGCUCAAUAUUUACUGACUUUGCCACUAAGAAACUAAUUUUAUAUAAAUAUAAUAUAUUAAACAAAUAAUUUUCAAAUCAAAUUAUACAUUAAAAAGUAUAGUUUUAACAAGAACAUUCUUGUAGUGUAAUGGCUACCAUCCCCUUAGACGUCGGGGUUUGAGUAUCAU